AUGGUCAAGAAGGUUGGUUAUAUGGGGAUUGGAGUGACAAGGUGGCACCUCGGACCCCAUUCACAACUAACAUUCGCUUCCCCUACAUCCAACUCCCCCCCAGCUAGCUACUCCCUCUUGCGACCCAUCUCACACGCGCCACUCCUUCUCCUCACCACGCCAACCACAACGUAUCUUGGCCGCACCACCCCCAUCACGACCCACACCCAUCAUAAACAUGAAUCCAACCACCCUAGUCAUGCACGUUUCUCUGUGGUGCCUCCACCAUCUCACCCUAGACAGUCACCCGGUAGCCCUAGUCCCUCUGUGACUCUAAUCUGCUUUGGAUCUGUUGUUGUGUUUGGCCUGAGGUUUUGUUUGAUGCCUCAGUCAGGAUUGUGUUGUUCCACAUUGUGGUUGUCCGAUUUUGUUGGAUUAACUGUAGUUAGACCGGGGUUCGUUAAAGGGGAAGGUGAUGCGUCGAAGAUGACAUUGCUGAGGGAAAGUGAGUUCAAUUUCAGAGGUAGCAUUUUGGUGUUUGAGGGCAACGAAGUGAGAUAUACCGGUGAAAGAAAGAGUGGAAAAAAGAGUGGGAAAGAGAGGGAAAGCGAAUGGAGGGGACAACUUGUCGAGAAGAAUGAGUAUGACAAAUACAAGUUUGUGCUAAGGUUUCCAUUCCUUUCUUGA